CAACGCUGUUCUGCUAUUCCUUUCAGCGAAGAAGAAGCGGGAGCCACAACAAUAACACACAGCUAGCCACACUGAGAAGAACUUCUACGAAAUGUCCCGUUUUUAGCUCGUAAAUCCUUCUUUAACACAUACAGGCAGAACGUUUCCGUGAAUAGAGUCCAAAAUAAAUCUGCACGGAGGUGAAUUCAGACGCCAUGUUGUGUUUUUAACACAGAAAUAACAUGCUGUCGUUGUGACGCACAGACGAAACGUUAUAAGCUAAGUAACGUUAGCUGCACCGUUAGCUUGUUUACAUUCAGUCCGCUUCUCUUUUUCGGGUUUCUGUUUAAUGUCACUGGUCUCCGGUACCGCGUGCAGACAUGGAGAGCUUGUACAAGCGGAAAAUGUUCGCGUCGAUGCGGAAAACCAAGGUGGCCGCAUCGAAGAAGCGGCAGAUCGGCCUGCCCGCCUCCAUCCUGGACGACAGUGACGAAGGCUCCUUCUCCUCCUCCUCCUCCUCCUCCUCCUCAGGAUCCCAGUCCGACUUCCAGAGCUCCCCGGAGGCGGCCAGCGAGCAGGAGGACCGGGACCGGAGCGAUUCCGGGGCGACAUCCAGCGAUGACAGUCGCUCAGUGACCCGCAGAAAGCGCUCGUUCCUGGGAGGCGACGACAGCUCCUCGUCCUCCAGUCCCGGGGAGGAGGAGGACGAGGAGCAGGAGGACAGGAGCCAGCCGAAGAGGAUGGUGCAGCCCAGGAAGCGGAGCAGGCUGCAGCGGCAGGACGAGUCGGACUCGGACCAUGCGGAGGAGAAGCGGAGGGAGGAGGCGGAGAAGGCGAAGAAGAGGCAGAGACACAACAAGCUGCUGGCGCUGUCCCAAAGGAUGAAGGCCCGGGUCCCGAGCCGCAGGAGGAGCCGCCUGAAGCAGGGCACGGGCGAUGACAAGGAGUCUAAAGAAGCUGAGGAUGAGGCCGGUGGUGAUGGAGGUGGAGGACAAAACGGCAGCAAGAAAGAGGCUGCAGAAGGUGAUGAAGGAGGCCGAGAGGAGGAGAAAGACCAGGAGGAGGAGGCAGAGGAGGAGCAGGAGGAGGAGGAGGCGGCAGAGGAGGAGGAGGAAACAGACAUUGGUGACGUGCAGCAGAAAGACAUACAGAUGACUUGGACAGCCUUUUGA